AUGAAUAUCAACAAAAAAUCAAUCAACAAAAAUCUAAUCAAACUAAAUAGUGUUGUCGAAAGAAGAUUAAGAAAAUUCCUACUGGGUCCUAAAAAAGGUGAAACAUUUGAAUUGAAAAAUGGAUUAGUAUCUCAAUAUAAACAUGAAAGGAAAGAUGCUAUACAGCGUGUAAUUCAAGCAAUGACUGUUGGUAAAGAUGUCUCAUCAUUAUUUCCUGAUGUCUUAAAAAACAUCGCCACUUAUGAUUUAGAACAAAAGAAAUUAGUAUAUCUUUACCUUAUGAACUAUGCAAAAUCUCAUCCGGAAUUAUGUAUAUUAGCUGUAAACACAUUUGUUCAAGAUACUGAAGAUCCAAAUCCAUUGAUCAGAGCUUUAGCAAUUAGAACAAUGGGGUGUAUAAGAGUUGCCAAGAUGGUAGAUUAUAUUGAAACUCCAUUGACUAGAACUUUAAAAGAUGAAAAUCCUUAUGUUAGGAAAACAGCUGCAAUAUGUGUUGCCAAAUUAUUUGAUUUAAAUCCAGAAAUGUGUGUUGAAUUUGGAUUUUUGGAAGAUUUGAAGAAACUUUUAAAUGAUUCAAACCCCAUGGUAAUUGCAAAUUCUAUAAAUGCUUUAUACGAAAUCAGAGACAUGAAUCAAGAUCCAAAUUUGGAGAUAUUAACAAUCAAUGGUGAUGUUGUUAAGAGUUUAUUACUUUGUUUGAAUGAAUGUACUGAAUGGGGUCGAAUCACAAUAUUGACUACAUUAACCGAGUACAGUACUCAAGGAAAAGCAGAUGAAGCUAAUCAUAUUAUAGAAAGAGUAAUACCGCAGUUACAACAUGUCAAUCCAUCUGUAGUUUUAAGUUCCAUCAAAGCAAUUCUUUGUCACGUGGAAAGUAUAAAUGUGACUGCUCAAAGACAAUCAAUUUUGAAAAAACUGUCAGCACCUUUAGUUUCAUUGGUGAGCUCAUCAAUUCCUGAAGCUCAAUAUGUUGGUUUGAAAAACAUUAGAAUUAUACUAGAAAAAUAUCCAAAUAUUCUAUCAAAAGAAUUAAGAGUAUUUUUCAUAAAAUAUUCUGAUCCAUUAUAUUUGAAAUUAGAAAAGUUGGAUAUAAUGAUACGAUUAGCAAAUGAAUCAAAUAGUGAUUUGUUGUUAGGAGAAUUAAGAGAAUAUUCGAUGGAGUUCGAACCAGCAUUGGUCACGAAAGCAAUUAAAUCAAUUGGAGCAGUUGCAAUCAAAUUAAGUGGAUCAGUAGUUAAAGCAGUAAAUCUUUUAAACGAUAUCAUAGAUCAAAGAGGAGGUGAAUUAAUUAUUAACGAGUCUGUGAUAGUUUUGACCAACACCUUAAGAAGAUACCCUGGUAAAAAUGACAUUGCAUCAUUAAUCAUACCAAUCAUUUCAAAUCAUUCAUCUACUUUAGACAAAAAUGAAGCAUUAGCUGGAUUUGUUUGGAUUUUAGGUGAAUAUCCUAAAUAUUUUUCCAAUUUGCAUUCUAAAUUAGAGUCAUUAAUCAAUGAAUUUUUGAAUUAUGAUUCUAUUUUACAAUUAAAUAUUUUGACUACAACUGUGAAAAUCAACUUAGCAUUAGGACAAUAUAAUGAUUUAUUACAAAAAGUAUUAGAUGUUGCUACUAAAGAAUGUGAAAACGCUGAUGUAAGAGAUAAAGCAUAUAUUUACUGGAGAUUAUUAUCUUCAGGAAAUGAAGCUUUACAAAAGAAGAUUAUAUUGGCAAAAUUACCACCAAUUGAAUCAACAAUCCCUGUGUUUAAUUCGCAUUUACUUGAGACAUUGAUGAAAGAGUUAUCAACCUUGUCAUCUGUUUAUCAUAAACCAGCCAAGACAUUUAUUGAUCCAUCAGCAUAUUCUAGAGCUCCUAUUGAAUUUAAUCAAGGUGAAGAUUUGAAAGAUAUAGCAGAGCAAAAGAUAAUUGAAAAUUCUAGGAAUGAAGAUUUAUUAAAUUUUGAUGAUGACGAUGAUGAAGAAAUUGAUUACAAUUCACUGGCUAAUAAUGGAGGUGUCAAUGAUUUUUUGAGUGAAUUAAAUGAUUUAAAUUUAUUUAAUUCUAAACCUACAGAGAAAAAAUCUAAUAGUGAUUUGCUCGAUUUGUUCUGA